CUUUUCGCGCGAAAACAUCUGUGAUGCAACCUACCUCGUUCAUUGGAUAGGCUAUGGAGACGUCACAGAAGUGUACAAGAAUGGAAUAUGCCACAGAAAUAAAAGAAAUAGACAGAAAUAUAUAGAAAUUCAGUUAUUCUGAUAUAUUGGUACAUAACAUUACGCUCUGGAGUCGCAGUUGCAUUUGUCAUUGUUAGUUAGUGUCACCACACAGUCCUGACAGGCGCAUGGUCUGGACCGCCUACUUCCUUGAUAGUCGCAGCAGCACCGGCAUCGGUCGACAUUAAAUCACAUUGACCUGUUUUGCCUGAUGUCCUUUUAGAAUGAAUUCAGAACAGUCACCUUCCCGUGGCCACAAUCUUAAGGAUACGACCGAUAUGUUGGACCUGGAAUCAAAGAGGAGCAGUUCACCGGAUCUUAGUGAGAUCAGUGCGAGGACUGACCGAUCAAAGGGUCAAACAGAGAACUUUAAUGGAGAACCUGGCAUAUCCAUAAGGAGCAGGUCGCCAUGUCUUAGCCAGGACUCUGAGAGGACAGACCGGUCAAAGGGUCAAAUAGAGAACUUUAAUGGAGAACCCAACAUAUCCAUUAGUGACCCAGAUCCACAGACUGAGGAUCCACUCACAUGCUCAAUCUGUAAAACCGUUUUUGCAGACCCAGUAUGCAUCCCUUGUGGAGACAGCUUCUGCAAAAAGUGCAUCACCUCACACUGGCAGCAGCCUAACCAGGAGGGAGUCUAUGACUGUCCGCAGUGCUUAAAGGCAUAUGACACACCUCCAGAACUUUACACCAAUAGAGUGGCGGUCCAGAUGCUUAAGAGGGCUAAUUACAGUCCAGUUCUUCCUAAACGCAGCCAUGCUAGAGACGGAGAUGUGGCCUGUGAUUUUUGCAUCGGGACAAAGCUGAGAGCUGUUAAAUGGUGUCUGUCCUGCACUCCCGCCUAUUGUGAAACCCACAUCAAACAGCACUACACUGACCCUGUACUGCUGAAGCACCAACUUAAGGACGCUACAGGAGAACUGUGCAGGUGUCCAAAGCAUCUUAAAACACUGGAUGUGGUCUGCAACACUGACUUGUCUCUCAUCCCCAGUGCAGAGAGCGUUGAUUCUGAAGAAGAGCCCUUCACGUUGUCAUCAAAACCUGAACCAGUCUUUACUCACCAUUCCAAUGCCUUGCAAUCACCCCUUGCAGGCUCCAAAUUUCCAGGGAUGAUGACCCCACCAACUGGAACGCCAGGAACGUCCCAGUGUGGCUCCCUUGAUUCCGACCCUAAAAGGCCUGUGAAAAGAGGACAUGAUGAAAGCCCUCCCCAUCCAUCAAAGCAUAUGAGAAUAUCCAGGAAACUUCAGUUUAACAAACCAGAUGAAGAGGAGGCAGAGGCAGAAAGAUUUAGCCACGGGUCCAUACUGAAUGAGAAGCUGAUGAAGAUGAGAUGUGACACCAGACCUGACGUCAUGCCUGCUAACAUUUAGCUUUCAAAAAACGGGAUUCUUUUAUCUUUCUCAACACUCAGUAUCAGUUUAUGUGAUGUGUUAAUCAUUUCUUCCCUAAGAAUUUGACAACAGCUAGUUCUGGAGUAGGCAAUUCAACUAGUCCGCUUGCUUGCAACACUAAGUGACAGGCUUCCUUAUUUGGCUUUUGGGUUUCCAGGUUUUAUGACAAACAUAAGUAAUUGAUGGUUUAUGUGUAGGGUGUAUUUCAUACACAAUCUGGCAACCUGAGAAAUGUCAGACUAAUAGAAAAUAUGAAUCGAUCCGUGAUUUUAAAAUGAAGUUUGAUGGGCAUGCAAAUUAUGGGAGUUUUCCGGGAGAAAUGACAAAACGGGAGGAAACCGGGAGAUGACCUUGAAAUACGGAAGAAAUCCCGGGAAAUAAAUGGGAAUGUUGGCAGGUAUGCCUGACAUGAUGGGGGAGCAGCAGUGAUAUCACCAUUUGAUAAUUGGUUGACACGGGUUUGUUUCCCGUACUUGCGGUUGCGAGUCUGUCACUUUAGAUUUAAAAAAAAGUCUGUUAAAUACCAGUCAACUUUAUCAGUCAACAACAACCUAGGAUUAUCAAAUCGGCCACUGUCUGACAGCCGUUAUCACAUGUCUGAUAUUGUCUGAUGUCAAGAUGUGUAAUUUGUUUGUAAAAUGUGUUGUAUUUUCCAUAUUGUGGUGUUUUUUUAUAUGUGUGAUAUGUGCAAUGUGCUGAGAUUUCUUUGUAAAUUUUAAAACUGAUAGAACUGUGACUUGUACAUUUAAAAUGUAAAUACUUGUUUAUUCCUUGAAAAGUUAUAUAGUUUACAUAGUAUAUUAACAUAAGAAGAUAUUAAUGUUUUCCUUGAACCAUAUGAAUGAAUGAAUGAAUGAAUGAUGAUAGAAUUAGAUUUUUUUUACAGUAUCAAACUGUUACCACUAUGGGGCGAUAGUGAGUCAGUGUUAGGAAGAGGAAAGGUUCUGUAUCUGUUUUUUAUUCCAUGUGUAGAAUAUAGAACAUAACAUGCUCAAGAGACUUUUGUAUUAUUCCCCACAGACGCAAUGUUAAUAUGCUGGCCUUCUUUGAAAAAAUAAAAGACUCAAUGAGACCCUGAGGUGAUUUACCUUUUUUUCUGGUGACUGAGGCCUUGGUAAGCUACACAUUUCUAAUGGAGCAGGCAU